UUGCGCCCUCCCUUCCCUGGCUCCUGGCCAGCUCUGCCAGCCCCCUCCCAGCCGGAGGCCUCCCUGUUCCCCAGGCUUCCCAAGCCCGGAGAAUAAACAGCAGAUAAGUCAGGGAGGGGACAGAGCGGCCCUGGGCACGCCUCGGAGAGGAGUGAAGUACCGGAGGGCGGCAUGGGCUGGCGCGGGGACAGAUAAAACCUGAGGCAAGGAGCGACUCCGCAGUAUAAUCCACCCAGGCCCAGAGAGCUCCGGCAACUCGCCAGGGCCACACUGCGAGGCCAGCACAGUCGCGGCUCUGCCCUCCCUCUCUGAACCCGAGCCCCAUGUGGCAGCAACCCACGUGCUUGUCCCAUUCAACUCUUUCCCUUCCCGGGGCGCCGCCAGUGAACGCUGCCCAUGCCCGCAGGUCGAGCACGGAGCUGCGCAAGGAGAAGUCCCGGGAUGCGGCCCGCAGCCGGCGCAGCCAGGAGACCGAGGUGCUGUACCAGCUGGCGCACACGCUGCCCUUCGCGCGCGGGGUGAGCGCCCACCUGGACAAGGCCUCCAUCAUGCGCCUCACCAUCAGCUACCUGCGCAUGCACCAACUCUGCGCCGCAGGGGAGUGGAACCAGGUGGGAGCAGGGGGCGAGCCACUGGAUGCCUGCUACCUGAAGGCCCUGGAGGGCUUCGUUAUGGUGCUCACCGCCGAGGGAGACAUGGCUUACUUGUCAGAGAAUGUCAGCAAACACCUGGGCCUCAGUCAGCUUGAGCUGAUCGGACACAGUAUCUUUGAUUUUAUCCAUCCCUGUGACCAAGAGGAGCUUCAGGACGCCCUGACCCCCCGGCAGAGCCUGUCCAGAAAGAAGCCGGAGGCCCCCACCGAGCGGUGCUUCUCCUUGCGCAUGAAGAGCACCCUCACCAGCCGCGGGCGCACCCUCAACCUCAAGGCGGCCACCUGGAAGGUACUGCACUGUUCUGGACACAUGAGGGCCUACAAGCCCCCUGCACAGUCUUCCCCGGCCGGGAGCCCCAACUUGGAGCCCCCCCUGCAAUGCCUGGUGCUAAUCUGUGAAGCCAUCCCCCACCCUGGCAGCUUGGAGCCCCCGUUGGGCCGGGGGGCCUUCCUCAGCCGCCACAGCCUGGACAUGAAGUUCACCUACUGUGACGAGAGGAUUGCGGAGGUUGCUGGCUACAGCCCUGAUGACCUGAUUGGCUGUUCUGCCUAUGAGUACAUCCAUGCGCUGGACUCAGAUGCAGUCGGCCAGAGCGUCCAUACCUUGCUGAGCAAGGGCCAGGCAGUAACGGGGCAGUACCGCUUCCUGGCCCGGAGUGGUGGCUACCUGUGGACCCAGACCCAGGCCACAGUGGUGUCGGGGGGCCGGGGCCCCCAGUCUGAGAGUAUCGUCUGCGUCCAUUUCCUGAUCAGCCGGGUGGAAGAGACCGAAGUGGUGCUGUCCCUGGAGCAAACGGAGCGACACUCUCGCAGACACGUUCAGCGGGGCACCCCCUCUCAGAAGGAUGCCCCUAAUCCUGGUGACAGCCUUGACACCUCUGGUCCCCGGAUCCUAGCCUUCCUGCACCCCCCUGCCCUGAGUGAGGCCGCCCUGGCCGCUGACCCCCGUCGUUUCUGUAGCCCUGACCUCCGUCGCCUCCUGGCACCGAUCCUGGAUGGGACUUCAGUAGCCGCUACCCCCAGCGCACCCCCAGCCCCACGACGCCCCCGAAGUCCUCUUCCGGCUGAUCUCCCUGAUGAACUACUUGUGGAUGUGGAGAAUGCACACAAACUCUUUGCCUCUGGGAAAGACCUUGAGGCAGUGGAGACAGAUCUAGAUAUAGCUCAGGACGUCGAUGCUCUGGACUUGGAGAUGCUGGCCCCCUACAUCUCCAUGGAUGAUGACUUCCAGCUCAACUCCAGUGAGCAGCUACCCAGGGCCUACCACAGACCUCCAGGGGCUGUCCCCCGGCCCCGUGCACGGAGCUUCCACGGCAUGUCGCCCCCAACCCCUGAGCCCUCCCUGCUGCCCCGCUGGGGGAGUGACCCCCGGCUGAGCUGUUCCAGCCCCUCCAGAGGGGACCCCUCAGCAUCCUCCCCCAUGGCUGGGGCUCGGAAGAGGGCCCUGGCCCAGAGCUCAGAGGACGAGGCAGAGGGGGUGGAGCUGCUGGGAGUGAGACCCCCCAAACGGUCCCCCAGCCCAGAACCCGGAAACUUCCUGCUGCCUCCCCUCAGCCUGAGUUUCCUUCUGACAGGAGGACCAGCCCCAGGGAGCCAGCAGGAUCCCAGCACCCACCUCCUAGAACUGAAUGAGCCCCUGGGCCUGGGCCCCUCCCUGCUCUCUCUCUACCCGGACGAGGACACCACCCAGCCCAGGAGCCACUUUCAGCCAGCGGCAGGCUUGGCCCAGGCCAACUGAGCCAGGUCCUCUUCCCAUCUCCCUUCUCCCCCCCGCCAAGAAAGGACGUCAAUCAUACUCCAAGCCGGCAGCCAAUGCACAGGAUGGAGGUGCCGGGAGAGGGGUUCCCUCUCUCCUCUCGGUGACCCCCGCCCGCCUCAGGCCUACCUCAGUCCCCACCCCUCUGCCCCACCCCCACUGUCUGGGGGUGCUCCGGGGUGGUCUCAGCUCAGUGACCUCUGGGAGGGGGUCCCUGGCCCUCUCCUGCUUCUCUCAGGACUUCCCUUGGGGUUCUCAGUACCGGUUACCUCAUCCUUUUCUCCAAUUCUCUUGGCUUUAUUUUCGGUAAUUAGGGGUGGGGGAGUUUGGGGCUCAGAUCUGCAUUUCUGGGCUUGGGGGAGUAUUGAUAACCAUAAGCACCUUGCUUUCUAUCCAUCUUUCUUUCAUUCUUAUUUUUAUUUUUGUUGCUUUCAUGAUAUGUUCUUCAUCGCUACAAACUGCCUGGGGUCCAUAAGAAUGUGGGACUCUGAUCUCCCCACCAACUCAGGUGUCAAUGGGGACGGGAGGCCUCUGGGCCAGACCUCACCCCCGGCGACUCCUGAUUGAGCCCUUAGCCUCCCAAGCGGCCACCCAGCUCUGCCCACCCCUCCGCUCUGGACUUCUGCUGGCUCCUGCCUGACCUGGACCCCGACUCCAUAGGUGGUCUUCCUAUCCCAGGUGUAGCUUCCAGACCAUACCACCUCCACCCCUUUCUGGUUCUAGACCACACAGCUUUCGACCUACUCUGGUUCUAGACUGUGCCACUCCCGGCCUUCUCUGGUUCUAGGCUGCAAAACCCCCAACGUGGUCUGGUUUAGACCUUGCAUCCUCCAAACUGCUGAGAUUCCAGAUCUCACCGUCUUCAGCUUUUUCUCCUUCUGGACCUCACAAUCUCCAACUCUAUCUUUCUACUUCACGCUCUCCAAAGUUGUCUGGUUCUAGGCCUCACAACCUCCAACUCUCUCAGGCCUAGGACCACCAGAAUCCUCUGGCUCUAGAACUCACUCUCUGCCUUCCUCUGGUUCUAGGGCUCUCCCCACAGAUCUCCCUUGUUCUCAGUGGCGCACUUUCCCACUCCUGCUGAUUCCAGCUCUUACAACCAGAUUUCUUCUGAUGUUGGAACCCCACAUCCCCAAGCUUGGAAUUGGUUCUAGUCUUCCUGAUCUGUAAUGCAUUUCGUUCCAAAUCUAGACUUUGUAAUGUCUCAAUCAUUUUGAUUCAUGAUGCCCAGCUCAUCCCUUUUCAACUCUACACUCGAGACUUGCUUCUCCCGUCAAAAAGAAGUAAAAUGGGUUUCAUGUCUUGACCUUAUAACCAGUACUUUCAGAACCAGACACAAUGUUCCAGUUCUCUUUUGCUCUCGACCUCAUCAUCGCUACCACUGACUGGUCCUGGACUAUACAACCUUUACACUUUGCAAUUUCCAGGGCCCUCUGAUUCCAGAUCUGAUGAUCUCCCUUUCUUCUGGUUCUAGUAAUGGGCUUCAAAUGUCUUCUGAUUCCAGACCUCGUCCUAUAAAUUUCCUUGGUUCUAGACCUCACAAUCUCCAAUUCCCCCUUAUUCCACAUCUUAUGACUCCAAACUACCGUGCAUCUAGAACUCAGCCUUCAAACAUCUUCUGAUUACAGACCUUGCCUUAUAAAUUUUUCUGGUUCUAGACCUUACAGCUUUAAAUUCCUGAUUUUAGACCUUACAACUCCCAAAUCCCUCUGGUGCUAGAACUUGGUCUUCAGACUUUUUCAAAUUCUAGUCCUUACUCUGUAUCUCUGGUUCUAGACCUCACAGCGUCCAAGUGCCUCUGAUUUCAGAUCCAAAUUCUUCUGGCUCUAGAACUCAGCCUCCAAAGGCUUCUGAUUUUAGAAUCUGGACCUUGCCCUGUAGGUUCCUCUAGGUCUGAACCUUAAGACCUCUGACUCCCUCACUCCAGACCCCACCCUCCUAACUCUAUUCUGGGCUUCCCGCCCAACUCAACUUGCUCUAAUUACUACUCUCUGCCUUAAGUCUUCCCAUUCCAGAUCCCUACCCUCCAGGUCCUUGAGCUAAUGGACUUCAUGCUCAAGCCUCUCCAUUCUCAGUCUCAUAUCCCUAAAAGUUCUCUGUCCUAGAACCCCCUCCCUCCCCACCUCAGCCCUCCAGAUAUGUACUUACUU